UUUCCUAGAUCGUCCCAUCUUCUUCAGAAGCUUUACGUCCGCCUCCUCAGUCGGACCAUCUGAAGAAAGAAUGAGAACGUUCUGGUAUUUGAUUUCGGCGACGGCCGUCAUUUUGCUUCAUCCGGUAGCCACCCAGACGCCUCAACAGCCAGGAGCGACCGCAGCAUCUCUCAUCACGCAUUCGGACAUCAGGGACGCUAUUUUGACGCUGGUCGGAGCAGUUAGAGAGCAGACGGGCAAGCUCGAACGCCACGAACUACGUGAGAGGCAGCUGGGAGAUGCCCUGACCCGUUCCCUCAGAGAUCUUGAUUCACGAACACGUGGUCAAGAUAAGAAUCUGGAGAACCUGGCUAUCCUCAUGGCCCGAACCGAUGAGCGGCUCCGUAAGAUGGAAGAAAUGGUCAUACAGAGGGACGAGAGAGAGAGGAUUCAACUCCAGAAAAUCACUGACAAUACAGUGGCUAUCCGCAAUGGAAUUGAAUCCGGAAGAAGUGCCGGUGCUCCUAGUGGUCCUGCUCCGGCAGCCGCUUCAAGUGGAGAUCUCGGCGAAGUACUGAAACAGCUGACUCGCACUCGUAAAAAGGUGGAGAGCGUGGAAGAAUCAUUGCAAAACCGUCUGUCAGUUGUGGCUAACGAAGUGAAAAUCGUUGGAGAAAAGUACGAAACGCGCAGUGAGAGACUAGAGAGCUUACAGUUGACUACCAUGGAGAACCUGGGCAAAGCUCAAGCUGGCGAUGCCGAGAAAUUGCGAGCUGCAUCUGUCAAUCUGGUGGCUACGGAAGGCAAAUGGCGCCAGUUUUUCAGCGAUGCUCAGAAUCUCGUCAACCAGUUUGGAGUUGGUGUCAACCGCAUUUCUGAUCACGCGAGUCGAAUGAAGAAUGACACUUCAGCCAUCUUAGUCGGUAUUGAAAAGCUGGAGACAUCUUUGGAGAAUUCCGGAUCGUCUUCCGGAUCGCAGAGCAAUCCUGAGGCCCUUGUUUCCGCUAUUCAAGUCCAUCUGAAACCAACGCUCGAUGCUGUUCAUUCACUGGUCAACGACUCGUACCAGUCACAGAUGAAACUAGACGAAAACUUCAAAGAAGGUUGGCAAUCUUUGUCACGUGGAAUUGACAAAGGUGUGAUGAAUGUCACCGAUGUGUUCCAAACUCGACUUGGAGCAUUUGAACACAAAAUGAGUGAGAGUCAGAAGCUUAUCCAAGACCAGGUGGAGGAAUCUGGAAAUAUGGCCGAGACAUUGGCCGACAGGGUGGACAAAAGCUACGCAAGUCUUGCCAAAGAAAUUCACGGGUUGCAAAAAGUAGAACAAGUACUUCUCGACACGGCUGAUGGAGUUCUUGAUACGAAACGACGUCUCGAAUUUGCCGUCCAGCAAAUUUUGCUUGAAUUGGGCGACUCAAUCCGCAGACAAACGGGCGAUCUGAACUCGACAUUAGCCCGCAAGGUCGACGACGUCACCUUCUCGGUCAUCAAAGAUCAAAGUACCGCACUUACUAACAUGACAAGUAAACUAGAAAAUGAACUCGGACAGGUCUGGCGUCAGAUUGGCGUGCUAUAUCAGAGCGCCAGUCAAUCACAAGAAUUGUUGCAACGAGUGGAACAGCAGACAGCCCAACACGUCGGUGGUAGUCUUCAAGCUCUCAGCAGCAUGGACAAAAGAGUUGGCCAGGUAACGGAACGGGUCAACGAAGUUGACGACCAUUUGAACUUUUUGCUGGGCCGCUUGUCGCUAGUUGUGCAGGAAUUCAAUCAAGUGAGAGGUGGAUUGGGUGAGGCUCUCGAAUCACUUCGUUCAGGACUUGCAGUCACAGGCCAACAACCAAGUACGACGGCCGGUAAAUCCUCUUCACCUCCUUAUGACGUUUCCAGUGGUCCAGUACCCAACCAAGAGGACGUCACCGUUAUCACACGGAAAGAGAAUAUUAAUAACGACAGCGACGAGAAUUGAAAUUGAAUUGCUCAUUCGUGACUGAGCUGUAGACAAUAGCAUUGAGCUUCUUUGCAAAAUUGAGAACAGUAGACAUUCGUAGACUUAACUCUAGUUUAAUUUUUAUGUAGUCACAACUUUCAUUUCGGACGAAACACAUAAAAUAUAAGCACAGUGCUCAUUGAGUAGAAUCAACCCCACUCUAUUAGCCAAAGUAGAUUCUCAUCGUACGCAACCAAAUAAAUUACCGCCAAGUUUUUAAAAUCCUAUCAAUCAAACAAUACAAAAAAUACGGUCUGUAUUCGUUCCUGCGGCGAACGAAGAUUAAUUGAAUUCCACGCCACAUGUCUCACAUAAUAAGUUGCUCCUGCUGCGUGUGUCAACUGGAUAAUGCACCUUCUGCCUCCGUUCUAUUUUUUUCUCAUUCAAAUGUGAAUUGUACACUCGUUGCCAAAACAAAUAAUACAUUAGAUACACAUUUGUAUAUGAA